AUGGUUUUCACAACACAGCUUAAAGACGUGGCUGUGGUGCUGGCCUACGCUGCGACGGUGGCAUGGCUGGUAGGCAAGCUGCUUGAAUACCUGCGCCAUACGGCAAAGGCAAGGACCUUGGGAUGCAAGCCUGCACCGCUUGGGCUCGACAGCAGAGACCCGACCGGGCUCAUCAUCACAAUCAAGAGCCUGCGUGCCAUGAAGAGGUUCGAGCACCCGGCAUGGAUGGUUAAGAGAAUGGACUUUUUGGGGGAGCAGCUGGGCAGGCCGGCAACAACUAUUACGGUAUCGCAGCCCUUCUUUAAGAAGAACAUCUUUACUACCGAGCCUGAGAACCUCAAAGCUAUUUUGGCGACACAAUCUAAAGACUUUGAGUUUGGCGUCGGCAGAACCGACAAUUUUUGGCCUCUUUUGGGCCAGGGAAUUUUUGCCUGCAAUGGAGAGCGAUGGAUGCGCUCAAGAGCCAUGCUCCGACCUCAAUUCAUGCGCAGCCUUGUCAGCAGAUUGGAUCUAGAGGAGAGACACUUGCAGCAUCUGAUGCAGGUAUUAGACGCCAAAACCGCUGGUGAUGGAUGGACCGACCGGGUCGACUUGAAGGCACUCUUCUUCCGCCUAACGUUGGAUUCAGCGACAGAGUUACUACUUGGCGAAAGCACCAACAGCCAGCUGGCAACAGUGGCAUCCCAAGAAAAGGAACUAGAGGGCAGGGCCUUUGCAGCUGCGUUUGACGCGGCGCAGAGGACGCUGUCCUUAGGUGCGCGACUGGGCCACAACUAUCGCCUGGUUCACACAUCUGCCUUUCGGCGCAACGUGCAGAUGGCGCACGAUUUCGUUGACCACUUUGUCGUCAAGGCGCUAGCCAAGACUGCGGAUGCAAAGGACGAAGAAAAUGUCCAUCCAGACGACGAGGAAGCAACCACAGAGAAGCGAUAUAUCUUUCUGGACGAGCUGACCAAAGAAACGCGGGAUCCUGUGGAGCUGAGAUCACACGUCCUCAAUGUAUUGCUUGCCGGCCGCGACACUACAGCAUCUGUGCUGUGCUGGUUCUUUUACACCAUGGCACAAGAGGACCAAGCUGAUCGUUACCAGAAGCUUCGCCGGCUCAUCAUCGACUCAUUUGGCACGUAUGCAGACCCGCAGGACAUAACAUUUGAGUCCCUCAAAGCAUGCCAGUAUCUGCAGUGGUGUAUUAGUGAGACUCUGAGGCUGUAUACUCCGGUAUCUGUGAAUUUGCGGACGGCCGUGGUGGACACGACUCUACCUACAGGCGGCGGCAAAGAUGGCAAGUCGCCUGUAUAUGUAAAGAAGGGGAUGGAUUGCGUUUUUUCGACACAUGUGAUGCACACGCGCAAGGAUCUCUGGGGCGAGGAUGCCCGCGAAUUCGUCCCCGAGCGAUGGGAGAAGAAGCGGGCUGGAUGGGAGUAUCUACCCUUUCUGGGCGGUCCACGCGUUUGUAUUGGCCAGCAGUUUGCGCUGACAGAGAUUGCGUACGUGGUUGUGCGAAUCAUGCAGCGUGUAGACGUGAUGGAUGGCAAGGCAUCGGGCCCUUUGAAGCAGAGCCUAACACUAACGAACAGUCCCGGGGCGGGUGUGAAUGUACGAUUGCAUUUUGUCGAAUAA